AUGGAGUCUCAGCAGUCCCAAGGCUCACGCAGUCCGUCGACGUCGUCUAUGUCACUUCCCCCCGGCCGACGUCGGUCCCGCAGCUCGAUGGCAACGACUCAGACCGAGCGAGAAUCGACGAAUGCAGCUCUCGAUCACAUACACAGUGCAGCAUAUCAGUCCGAAUCACUCACUCUGUUCGAAGAAUUCAGCAGUCCGCCGGUACCAUCCUCUACGUCUGACGAAAAAGGGUUAUCCGAAGAGCUACAAGGUGGAUUAAGUGGUCUAUACAGUCGCUUUAGGACUUCAGUGGGGGGAGUGAGAGAUAUUGUCAGCGGUGGAAAGCCUACAGACAAGAACACGGCCGAAACCUCCGCGGUCAAGACUCCUGCAUCGGAACGUUCGCUGGUCAAACAGGUCUCAGACCCAGCCGGUAGCUCGGCUGAUCACCUACCGUCACAGCCUCCCUCUUUGCAAGGUUCAAGGCUUCAAUCGCCUGUUGUAGCGAAUUUUCAGUCUCAGCAGGAUCCCGCGCAACCGACAACCACGGGAAGAAGAUCCCGAAUAUCCUCCAAGAGUGGCAGCGUAUCUUCAAAGACAUCCAUUCCACCGUCCCCAGGGAUCAAGCCCGGCAUCGCACCGUUGACGAAAGCCACCGGAACCGCUGUCGCCGCAGAACCAACAGUCAACCAGCGACAUGUCAACGUUAUUGGAGAACCCAAUCACUCAAGAAGUAGCUCCAUCAAUGUCCCGUCCCAAGCCCCAUUCCAAGGAGUUCACGGUGCAGAAUCUGCAAGUAUUGGUAGUAAGGAUGGCGCCGUCGAUCUUUCCAUGAGUCAAACUUCAUCUUUGUUGAGCCAGAACCUCUCCAAUUCGCCGGUGCUAUCUGGAAAGAUGCAUGACAGCCAUGAGGACCAGGGUCAAUCGAACCCCAAAGAAUUACAUAUCUUGGCCACCCACAUUCCCGACAACCAGUCUCGAAAAUCAGUCUCUGCUGAUUCACAAAGACCGCCUGAAAACGCGCCCCAGACUGCCAUGCUCCGAAGUUGUAAGCAAACUGAGUCAAUCCAGGAUCGUGUGUCUCAGCGUUUGGGAGACAGAUCGGACUCGCGAGCAUCUUCUCGUUAUGACGAGCCGCGAGCUUCAAUAUCUGCCUCGACUAGCCUUUCAAGACUUUCAUCCCGUGAUGAGGCUACAUACCACCCAGAUAAACCUUCCACCAAGGCAGCGACUGGCUCUCGUGAAGGUGCGGGUGCCAAUGAGCCGCACAAGAUCAUUCUCCCCGAUCAACUCAGGGAUAAAAAAAUCCCAACCCGAGCUGGGCGACUACCUGGUUAUGAUAUGUCACGAACCACCACAGCAGGGACCAUGACCACGAUUUCUUCUUUGCCUCCGUUGAAAACCAAAAUUGGUCAGGCUGCUAGUCAACACUCGCAGCCCAACCGUCAACUGACCGCCGGAGGCGAUGGUGUGUUGUCUCAGUUAAGAAGUAAGUUGCUUAGCAGAGACUACUGGAUGCGCGAUGAGAAUGCCAAAGACUGCUUCCACUGUGGCGAUCCCUUUACCACAUUUCGUCGAAAACACCAUUGUCGAACCUGUGGUCAAAUCUUUGAUUCAAAAUGUACUUUGCUCAUUUCGGGAGCGCGGUUUGGCCAGCCUGGAAGCAUCCGAGUUUGCAACCCUUGCGAGAAAAUGAUCAAUGCCCAUGAUGAUGAUUCUUCCGAGUUCUCAGAUAGUGAGCAAAGCCCCAUAGUUUCCAACUCGCGGGUUGCUGAACUCGGCUGGGGGAAUAACACACGGGCAUCAGCAGAUGACGAUGAUUCAUCCUCUAUCAUAUCCCAGUCAAUUGAUCAUGUUCUCAGAACUCCAACAAUGGCCAUACCAGCUACACGGCGCGCUGGCGAGGGCCACAAUCGCCGCUCGGCGGUCCUCGAAAUCAACCCUGAUCGCCCGCUGGCACGACCUACUUCUUCACGGUCAUUGCGGUCCUCGCUCGGUACAAGACCGCAUUCCAUGAGUCACAAACGACAUCAUUCUCGUCAGCAGUACAUUCGGGGUUUCAAGACACAUGAAGACCGAGCGCCUUUUCAACGCCGACAUGCAGAUGACACAGGCUUUGAAUCCCGGCUGCCUGCUUUUCACAAAGAUAACAUCAUUGACCCUGAUCUGGCUCAAUAUCUUUCUGAUGAUGCAUCAAGCGGCGAUGAACAACCUAGCCUUUUGUCUGCAGUCUCUGAGGGCGCUUUGUCCAAAAGUGGAGGUGAUGGCGAGAGAGCCUCUUUUGGCGGGCUGCUAGCCUCUUUGAAAAAGGGCAGAUCUGCUUUUGGAGACCGAAGUACUCCUAGUAUGAAUAGAGACCCCGACGAAGCCAGUAUCACUAGCUCAAGAGCUGUGAACCUACCCCGUUCAUCUCGUCGUCGGAACCUGAGCGUUGCAAGCAGCAUGCACCGCCAUUCACCCAGGACAUCAAAGGACAUGCUUCAUGACGUCUCUUUGCCAACGGUUCCUUUGCCCAUUAAUCUUAACCAUGCUGGGUUUAAGAUGACCCGGAGCUCGUCAAUGAGAGGCCAUGGAGCACCGCCGGUUGAGUUGAACAGAGCGAGCCUAGAACAUGUACGAAAGCUUCUGCGUCAACUUCUUGUGGAGUCCGCUAUUCCUAGCGGUGAUAGUUGGGAGAAUGCCCUGAUACCAAUAUUAUUGAAAGCAGCAGAUGAAGUCGAUCCAGACGUCCAACGAGGGGAUGAUAUGGAUAUCCGUCACUACGUCAAAUUGAAGAAAAUUCCCGGUGGCCGGCCUGGGGAUACUGCCUACGUAUCCGGUCUCGUCUUUACCAAAAACUUGGCUUUGAAGAGCAUGCCAAGAAGCAUCCCAAGUCCAAACAUCUUGAUCAUCACAUUCCCUCUCGAAUAUGCCCGUCAGCAACAACAUUUCAUGAGUCUCGAGCCUGUUAUCAGGCAAGAGCGUGAAUUCUUGGAGAACCUGGCCAGUCGAAUCGCAGCAUUGCACCCAAAUUUGCUUUUGGUCGAAAAGAAUGUUUCUGGCCUAGCGCUCGAACUUCUCGAGAAAGCUGGUAUUGCAACUGCGUAUAAUGUGAAGCCAUCUGUUCUGGAGGCCGUAUCGAGAUGUACGCAGACUAGGAUUGUGACAUCCAUGGAUAAGCUCUUGACAACCACUUUGCAUAGUGAUUGCAGCAGCUUUGACGUGAAGACCUAUGUUCAUAGUGGUCGAAAGAAGACCUACAUGUAUAUCUCUGGCUGUCCGAAAGAACUCGGUUGCACCAUUGUCCUGCGCGGCGAUGAUGAGGAAGUUCUUGGAAAAGUGAAGAGGAUCACUGAGUUCAUGAUCUACGUUGUCUAUAACCUUCGAUUGGAAACAUAUGUUAUGCGAGAUGAAUUUGCACAGAUACCAACCUCGCCGACAGAAUCGCAGGUGGCAGCUAAUAAGGACAAGAAAAUCAUAUCACAGGCCGCCAAUGAGAGCGAGACUCAGCACGGAACUAGCGAGAACACUGGCGACAUCUCUGAUAGUCAAAUCCUUGUGGCACCUGAUGCCACGGAUGUCCCAGACGAUAUUCCAAUGCCGACGUACUAUGACGAUAUGGUCCAAGAUCACCAGACCAAGAUUCUCUCUGCUUCGCCUUUCGUCAAAUUUGAACCUCCGUAUCUUCUGAUGCGUACGCGGGAAAUGGAACGCAGACUCGCCUAUCUGAAACGUCUCCGUGAUCACGACGGCGACUCUGACGAACUCACAGAUGAGAAGGCGAAGCAGCAGAAGUUCGUUCUCAUCACCCCAGAAAUGGUGCAUCAAUCACCGCAAGACGCCCCAGCAAAAGUCAAGGAAGUGCUGCGUGCUGCUCAUGAUGCGGAAUAUGACCGAGCGCUGUAUCACUAUCAAACCCAAAAGCGCCAAUGGGAGGCCUACGUCUCGGGAAACCCCAACAUGUUCGAUCCCUAUUCACAUCAGAACCUUGUCGUUCUCUACAGCCUCGUCUGCACAACAACAUCAGUGCCUUGCUCUGGACCGGACGUCUUUGCUCUAGAAUUCUACAAUGAGCAUGGCGAUGACGUUAUUUUCGAGUCCGACCUCACAAUUGGGCAGUAUGUUGAAGACCUGUGCCACUCAGCCAAUGCAGUUUGCACUGUUAAUGGCUGCGAGAAACGUAUGUUUGAGCAUCACCGUCAGUAUGUGCAUGGUGAUGCGCAAAUCAGCGUGCUGGUUCAGCCCUACCCAUCCAAAUUGCCUGGUCUUCAGGAUAUCGUGUUGAUGUGGAGUUGUUGCAAGAUAUGCGGCAAUGAAACCCAAGUGAGUCCAAUGUCGGAGAACACAUGGAAGUACUCUUUCGGAAAAUACUUAGAGCUAUCCUUUUGGGGUAGAAAUCUGCAUGCUCGUGCUGGGGUUUGCCCCCAUGAUCUGCAGCGGGAUCAUAUCCGCUAUUUCGGCUUCAAAGACGUUGCUCUGCGAGUACAGUAUGAUCCCAUUCGUCUCCUUGAGAUCAUCGUUCCUCGCCCUCGUGUUACUUGGAAGGUGGACAAUGACUUGAAGUUGAGAAACGAAGUCUAUCUGCGCACCGAGCAGCGCAUCAAAAACUUCAUGGCAUCUGUUCAAGCUCGUUUGAAAGGCAUUAAUGUCGACAGUGUUGUUCCUGAGUUGGUAGACAGCUGCAAGAAAAAGAUUGAAUCUUUGACUAAGAAGGGUCAUGAAGAUCACAAUUCUCUGAUCCGGCACCUGCAAGACAAAUACACAAGUUCUCGCUACUGGGAGAUCAUACCUCUGAAUGAGGUGCUCCGUGCAGUGCAAGAAAAGGUUGUUGAAUGGGACACCACCUUUGCUGAUUUCGAGAAUAACUUUUUCCCCUCUGAGAAAGAUAUCAAGCAUAUGGCAACGCUACAGCUCAAAAAGAUUUUCCUUGACAAGGAUGCCACAUCAGUCUCCCCAGAAGACCCCUUGCGAGCCCCAAACGACGCAGAUGAUGAGAACGAGGAAGAAGUCGAUAGGCCACGGAUGAUGAGGCGCAUGACCCUUUCCCCAGAAAAGGCACAGAAUGUACUGGUCUCAGUCGUUGAAGAACACGCUGGCAAAAAGCACCGCGAGGAAUUCUCGGAAAUUGAGCUCCCCUCUCAUUCAGCAUCAGUCGAAGAGGGGGUGUCAGUUGAUGCAGACAAUGAGAAAAGGUCUUCCCCUCAAGAUGAAGCUGUGUCGCAAGAGGAAGUCCGCCAUCUUGACUUGGCCGUACCUUCAGGUCAACUAGAACGUGGUCCUGUCGACACGGAUCUCAGUUCGAAUCAAACGUUGCCCGACCCCAAUUUCCCUGCGGUGGACUCCACCGAUGGAUCGUCAGAUUCGAUAUCACCGAAAACUUCUGUGUUCCUGAAGGAAGGGAAGGACAGCGGGAAAGAAGAUGGCGGAAUCACUUUUCCAAGUACCCCAAUACGUCGACCUUCGGCGAUUCCCCGCCCUACCGAAGCAGCCUUUCGACGCUCUGGUAAAGCACGGUCUCCUCCCCUUUUGCGCGCUCAAUCCCAACCAGCGAAUAUUCCGAGGGACAGGACUAUCAGCAGCAUUGCGCUUCCAAGCUUGAAAAUAGCAACCACUAACCCAGUUGAUCUUGAUAAAUCUGGAAGCGAGUCCCCCAAGUCGGACAAGAAGCUGAGCGACCGUUUGGGCUUGAGUGCCCUCAAAAGUACUCGGUUUGCUUCCGGUCACUCUCUUAUCCCACGGUCUACUCCAGGAAAGAGGGGAAGCUCCCAGGUCUCCAAUCUUGCUAGACAUUUUGAACAGCUGAGUCGAGAAUUCGAGAAAGAAAGACAGCGAGAGAGACGUCAGCGAGCUGCCCGAGGCACUUACUCACGUGCAUUCCCGUUGGCGUCCUCGAAGCCCAUUGUGGAAGUCUAUCGGAAUGUAAGAGAGGCUGUGGAAGAACGCGAGCCUCCAGUUGACGGCGAGGAAUCUCCGCCGUCUGCCCCGCGGAUCCUAAUGGACGACUUGGGCCGUCAAAGUGACGAACUCGUCAAUGAGAGACCUCGUGAAGAGCACCAUCAACAUCCCUUGCCAAAAGACUCACCCACUGAGCCUAACGAGGCAGGACCGGAUCACCGUCCUGAUACCCAGCUGUUUUCUGAUGCCGAACCAGACGAAGGCCAAAGUGAUGAAGAUCGAACCACGACUGAGGAUCUUCAUCCGGUAGAUUCGCACGAAGAAACCAAAAACUUGGCAGAAGACGAGUCAAUUGAUUUCAAGGAUAUGCCCAAGCAUGAGCGUACUACACUUGUGAAGAUGCUGACGAACUUCUGGUCUGAGCGCUCUGCGAGUGGAUGGGCAUCCCUUGAUUAUCCCCUCAGUGUUAUGGAUCACGUUUUUGCCGAUUGUGAUAUCAUUGUGCGCGAGGAUGAGCCGAGUUCUCUGGUGGCGUUUGCGUUGGACUCCUCUGACUACAAAGAAAAGCUUUCAAGCAUUCAGCAACGGUAUGACGAGAUGGAGGAACAUCAACCAGAGCCCAAGAGUGAUAUCGAGGCCGCGAAAGAAGCACGCGUCGAGCAUGCUCUCUUGCGACCCACGGGCACUCACCUCAAGUACCAAUUCCAAGAAGGUCAAGCCAAGAUGCUGUGCAAGGUGUUCUAUGCGGAACAAUUCGAUGCACUGCGCAAGAAGUGUGGCGUGGCGGAUCGAAUCGUCGAAUCGUUGUCCCGAUGCGCAAAAUGGGACUCAAAGGGCGGCAAGACCAAGUCGUUAUUCUUGAAGACUCUUGACGAUCGUUUCAUUCUCAAAUCACUGUCGCCAAUUGAAACACAGGCCUUCCUCAAGUUUGCUCCAGCAUACUUCCAAAUCAUGUCCGAGGCGUUGUUCCAUGAAUUGCCAUCUGCGAUCGCCAAGAUGUUUGGCUUCUACCAGGUCAUCAUCAAGAACCCCGCUACCGGAACAGAGUUCAACUGGUUCUUGCUUCUGAUGGAGAACCUGUUCUACGAUCGCGUUCCUACCCGUAUCUUCGAUCUCAAGGGCUCCAUGCGAAACCGCAAAGUGCAAAGCACCGGUGAACGGGAUGAGGUCCUUUUGGACGAAAACAUGGUGGACUUCAUUUAUGAGACACCCCUUUUCGCCCGUGAGCAUUCGAAGAAACUUCUCGGCCAAAGUGUGUGGAAUGACACUCUCUUCCUGGGUCGCCAAGACGUCAUGGACUACUCGCUCAUGAUUGCCAUUGACGAAAGCCGCGACGAGCUGGUGGUCGGAAUCAUCGACUGCAUCCGUACCUACACCUGGGACAAAAAGCUCGAGUCCUGGAUUAAGGAUAAGGGAUUCGGUGGCGGUGGCCGCAAUCGACCAACAGUCACCAGUCCUAGGGAAUACAAGGGUCGUUUCCGUGAGGCGAUGGCCCGAUACGUACUCCAAGCUCCAAGCUGCUGGCACCAAUUACAACCAAAUUCGAUGUAUCGAUAUGCACAGGGCGAGAACCAAGCCACGGAAGCCGAAAUUGACGAUGGCUUCUUGGAAGACCCCGGUUUCUAG